CAAACCCAGCCAUAAGGUUGAUCAGGGGAAUACCCAUAUCAUCAUCCAUGGCUAUUAACUACUCUUCCUUCCUUUUCCUUCUUUCAACUGUUCUUACUUUGUAUCUCUUUGCUAGCUGUUCUUUAGAGAAGGUAGAAGCCAACAGAUUUGAAGAAAUGAAGGCAAAUCUUCAACACCAGACUCAUGUCGUUUCACUUAACUCCUUGAAGCCAGCAGACGUUUGCUCUACUCCAGCCAAAGGUUCAGAAAUCUCAAGCAAGCUAUUGAAAGUAGCUCACAAAUAUGGACCUUGCUCACCAUUGAAGAAGGAAGGGAAAUCCAAACUUCUUAAUCUUACCCAGAUCCUCAUCGACGACCAAACCAGAGUCAAUUCCAUCCAAUCCAAAAUCUCCAACCAACAAUCAACGGUAGCAGAUUCUACAGUGAAACUGCCUGCCAAAUCUGGCGAAUCACUAGGGACUGGAAACUACGUCGUCAAUAUUGGAUUUGGAACACCGGAGCAAAAUUUCACAGUAUUUUUCGAUACUGGUAGUGAUCUCACUUGGAUCCAAUGCCUACCAUGCUCCCGCCACUGCUAUACCCAACAAGAUCCCUACUUCAACUCUUCUGCUUCCUCUACCUAUUCCAACGUCCCAUGCGGUUCCAACUCAUGCUCCCAACUGAAAUCAACGGGCUACGGACAGUCAUCCUGCACCACCAAUUGCAUCUACGGUGCCUCCUAUGGUGAUGGAUCCUACACUCAAGGCUACUAUGCAACUGAUACACUUACACUAUCUUCCUCUGAUGUCUUCUCCAAUUUCGAAUUCGGGUGUGGUGAGAACAACGAUGGCACAUUUGGUUCUACAGAUGGAUUACUAGGCCUUGGCCGCAAUCAGAUCUCUAUGGUAUCACAAACUGCUCAAAAGUAUGGAAAGCUUUUCUCCUAUUGUCUUCCAUCCACAACCAGCUCCACUGGUUUUCUUGCUUUCGGUAGCCAGGCGGGUUCCUCUUCUUCUCCUCAAUACACUCCACUACUAACAGAUUCAAACCACCCUUCAUUCUAUUUCCUAAAUAUGACGGGUAUAAGUGUUGGAGGGAAGAAAUUAUCCAUCUCAGAAUCAGUAUUUACAACCUCAGGAACCAUUAUAGACUCUGGAACUGUAAUCACUCGUUUGGCACCAACAGCCUAUUCAGCUCUUCGAUCAGCAUUUCGUCAAGCAAUGUCCAAGUAUCCCCCUGCACCACCGUAUUCACUAUUCGACACUUGCUAUGACUUGUCUUCUGGAUACAAUACAGUAGACAUACCAAGCAUAGUAUUGCAUUUUGGGGGAGGUACUGACUUGAAUGUUGAUAAGUCAGGGAUUCUAUAUUAUAUAAGCUCAAAUAUAUAUUGCUUGGCUUUUGCUGCAAACAGUGAUGAUACUGAUUUGGAGAUCCUUGGAAAUACCCAACAGAAAACUUUUGAGGUGGUUUAUAAUGUGGCAGGAGGAAAGUUGGGAUUUGGAGCUGGAGCUUGUACUUAAUGGGAACCAGCCCUUGCUAAUAUAUAUGAAGGUAAUAUUACCAAAAAUCCAGUGAUGUAUCCCCUUUCUUUGGUUAAUUGUUUUGUCCCCCUCCCCUCUAGGCUUGAGUUCCUCAUCCUUUACUUUGUUUUGUUAGGACUCUUGCCCCUUGUUUUGUUUCUGAGGCCAAGCAAGAGAAAAUAGAAGCUUAAUUAAGAUGCUUAUGUAGUAACAUUUUUUUUCUCUAAUAUUAUUUAAGAAUAGAUGGAAGUAAUAAAAUCGA